AUGGAAAUUUUUGGCUGCUUUUACUGAUAAAUCUGAGACGCUGAAUCGAAGAUGUGUGGCGAGAGGUGCCGCGUUCUAUGUUCACAAUGGCGCCUCUGGAUCAGACCACUGGUCUUCGUUCUAUACGGUGGCAUUAUUUUAGGCUUCGUUCCCUAUCUCAUAUACACACUGAUUUUACAAGGGAUUGAUGGGUUCACUAUCGCCUGGUUGAUUGGCGGCAUCUUCGUCUUCAUGGCCAUCCCGAUAACACUGUGGGAAAUUGUUCAACAUCUCAUCAACUAUACUAAACCCAAAUUACAGAAACACAUUAUCAGAGUCCUGUGGAUGGUUCCUGUGUACGCUCUCAAUGCUUGGCUGGUGCUGGGCUACCCGGCACUAGCGCCGUACCUGGACACUGCCAGGGAGUGCUAUGAAGCUUAUGUCAUAUACAACUUCAUGAUGUUCCUCCUGAACUUCCUCGAUGAUGAAAUGGAUCUUGAUGCCACCAUGGAGACCAAACCUCAAACAAAUCACUUUUUUCCUCUUUGCUGCCUCAAACCUUGGCGUAUGGGCAGAGAGUUUAUUCACCGUUGCAAGCACGGUAUCCUGCAGUACACUGUGUUCCACCUGAUGACCACUUUAAUAGCCUUCAUCUGUGGCCAGGCUGGGGUCUAUGAGGAGGGUAAAUUAUCACCCAAGAAUGCAUUUGUUUACCUCUUUGUGGUAAACAACUUAUCGCAGUUUGUGGCCAUGUAUUGUUUAGUGUUGUUCUAUAAAGCGAUGAGACGGGAGCUGGACCCCAUGUCACCUCUGGCCAAGUUCCUCUGUAUCAAGGCUGUUGUCUUCUUCUCCUUCUUUCAGGGUGUUGCUAUCAUGUUCUUAAUGAAGACGCAGUUCAUGCACGAUAUAUUUGGUAUCAACAGUCCGGAUCAAGAAGAAAAUGAAGCCAAAGAGAGGAAAGAUUCCAGCAUUAUACAGAACUUCUUAAUCUGCAUCGAGAUGUUCAUAGCAGCCGUUGUUCAUCACUACGCGUUCUCUUACAAGCCUUACGUUGACGAAGAAUAUGAGACUGGUAAUUGCUGCCACACGUUCUUACUCAUCUGGGAUAUUUCUGAUGUUCGUUCUGAUAUCAGAGAACAUGUUUACGUUGUUAGUGAAGGAAUGAAGCGCCGUUUAACAUCUCGUGGUGGCGGUGGCUGGCCUGGCGGUGCAACAGCUAUAGGUGCGAGCGGUGGCGAUGAACACACACGCCUCAUUGCCCCUCAUGCACACACCGGGGGCUCCCAUGCGUCACACCGCUACAUGUCCACCUCAGACUCCGAACACGACAUCAUUAUCCAACAGGGCGACAGUUCCGAUUGUGAGGACGUCAAAGCUAUAUGACACCCGAGUACCCCUCGACCAGGCACUGUUGUGUAAUGGAAGAGGGGGGUCGAGGAAAAGG